AUGUGUGAGCGCCACUGGACAUGUCCGGACCACCCGCCGGAUCCAGAGCGGAGGCAAGGUGGGAGGAGCCAGACAGUGUCCUGUGGUGCAGGAGUACAUUGCGUUGACCGUUCUAAGAUAUGCUUAUUUUGUGGGGGAGUCGACGGUGGAACCGGUGGUGCGGGGUGUACCUGUAGGGAACCGCCAGAGCCGGAGUGUAGCUGGAGUGAGACGAGUUCUGACGGUAGCCUAGAUGAGGUGGUCGAUAUUGGCUACCGCGACCCAGCACACGAAUACGACUAUGAUAGGUCCGAGAUUGACGUCAUGGUAGGAGACAUGGCCGAGAUGAGCCACGGACAUCGCGUUGGUGGUGAAGAGUGGGGAGUUGUGAGCGAGGGGGCACUGUUGGGGCGGACCUUCAGGUGUGGUGACCUGGGGUUCGCGGAGCCGCUGACGAGGGAGAGGCCUGCUGGCAGGGUAGGUGUAUGUGUUCGCAAGGGCCGUGCCAUACUCAUGGUUGGCUUGGCGGAGAUGGUAGUCACCCGGAUGUCAGAGUUGCCAACGCAGAGUUGGUACGAGACUUCGACCCGGAGCUGGCCUUCAUGGAUCAGUUGGUCCCGUGAGAUGUACCAAGCGGUGUACGCUGCCGAGGAGGCAGGACUAGUCACGCUGGUUAGUCGCGAGGGAGAUCGAGGCCCGGGGGCGAUCCUUAUAGACGUGCCGCUUCCCUGGUACGGCGGGAGGAUCUAUCGCGGGCAGGAACUGGUCAGCUUGUCAGGUGCCGACAUCUGGCAAUGGACGGCUGAGCAUAGGCGAGGCGAUUAUGGCCCACUAACUCUCAUUGAGAGGGUGAUGGUGCCGGCUGGUUUCGUACCCGGGCAGAGGUGUGUCUUUGACACGAACCCCACUGCGAACAACAACUGCUUUAUGCGGAGUGGGAAGGCCGAGUACGAAAGUGGUUGGGAGCUGGUGCAGCUGAGUGCAUCCAGCAAAGUUGUCGGUGUGCCUGUCUGGGCGUAUCGGAGAGACCUGUGGGACUGUUCGAGAAAGUCGAUCUGGCUGGAUAGGCGAUCGAUAGAUAAGAGCAGGGACGGUGGUCUUGGAUACGUCAUAAUUGGCCGCGAUAAUAUGUCUGGUUACGUAUGCGGCUGGGCGGACGAGGACUUGACUUCGUACGCUGAUGUCCGGCUUACCGAGCAGACGCAAGCAUCGGGGUAUAAUAUGCCACCAGUGGAGGCAGAGUUUAGGAUAUGGUACGCUAUGUGGAACAAGGCGGGGCGUAUCAAGAGUCUGGGCGACAUUGUAGAUGAGGUGAGGGCGUCGGAGGAGGCAGUGUUGAUCGCCGGGCAGGAUCCAAGGAGGUUGGUGCCCUAUCUCGGGGAGUUUGGCUGUUACUUCAGGUUAUACAGGUCGUCGCCGGGUCAAGCUGGAGGGGCGGAGAUAGAUGAGGUGUCUGUCGAAGUCCUGAAGAGGUGCGUGGUCGCAUGCGACUCGGCAGGGUACUGUGUCUCUAGUCUUGGGCAGAAGAGGCUCGAGGUUGGCAGGAGGCACGUUGGUCCGGUCAGAGUUGGAAAGGGCAGCCGUUUUUCCCUCAUCAGUGGAAAGGUGGGGAGGCAGGAACCAGACAUGUAUGGGAUCCAGAGUAGUGAUUUCUUGCCAGCUGAGUGUGAAGGACUCAUCAAAACGUGGUUGGGUGUCGUCUGCGACUGACCAGCCAUCAGCGGACGAUAAUGUACAGCGCACUCAAGGAGCGGUGCAAGAAGGCACUUGUGCGCCCUGUGUCAAGACUAUUUUAGGUAGGGUCGAUCCCGUUGGACGGCCUGGGUGUGAUCAGGCAGCGGCGGCGUCGGAAGGGAAGGGCCCCGGGGCGUGUCGGUUGGUGCCACAAGAUGGGCGGUAUUCCGAGAGCAGUGGAGACCUGCGAGGUGAGCACGGCUACCGGUGCCCACAACGCCGAUACCCGGUCUGGGCCCUAUCCGGUUCUAAUGAAAGUAAGGCUAGAUCGCUGAGGGUUGGCAAA